AUGUUGUGGAUUUUCCUAUUUUUAUAUUUAUACGAGAAUGUUUCAUCACAAUGUCCUCCAGGUUUAUCAAUUGUAACAUCAACCACAAAUUCAAAUACAGUACAGGUGAAAUUGAUAAACGGAAAAGAUUGGGAUCAUCUUGUUUUUCCAGACUUGCACCCCACAAGACCCAUGUUCUUGUUAUUCCUCGAGUAAACUUGGUGCAAUUUGUCAAUAUUCGAGCACUUACUCUAAUUAUAUUUGUUGCGCAUCUUCAAAUACACGUUAGAUAAUCAACUAAUUGAUUAAUUAUGUACACAAUCAAUUUUUUAGAAUGCGGAACAAAUUCAUCGCCUCAAGUAUCGUCUUCUGGUAGUGUUGUGACUUGUUCCCAAAAUACACAAUGUUCGAAUGGUUAUCAAUGCAAUUAUGGAACUUGUUGUCCAAAUUCUACUUCUACUGUUUCAAGUGAUUUUUUAAAGGGAGGGAGGCGGAGUGAACAAACUUACUUAUUUCAAAUUAGGGUAACUCUGCAACCUGUGAAAAUCCAUCCAUAUUUCAGACACUUGCCAAUCUCAAUUUUCAAAUGGCUGCCUCAACGGUCAAGUUUAUGUAAACGGACAAUGCUACAAUUCCGUUAAUAUUGGUUCGAAUUGUCAACGAAGUGAACAAUGCCUCGGAGGUCUCCAAUUUUUAUAAUCCUGAUCUGACCAAAAAUAAUUAUAGGUUCAACGUGUUCCAAUUCAAUUUGUCAAUGUUUGAAUGGAUAUGUGAAUGUGAAUAAUCAAUGUGUUAUUAGUAAUGGAAUCAAUUGUCAAAUUGGCACAGUUUCUUACAACUCUCAAUGUAUUUCACUUGCAUCACCCGGUCAAAGUUGUGUCACUUCAUCGCAAUGUAUUGAUAAUUCAAUUUGCACUAACAGUAUUUGUACCUGCUCUUCUAAUUAGUAAGUUCACAUACCUUUAGAACAUCUAUCAAUUUUAUUUUUGCAGUCAACUUGUUUAUGGAUACUGUGUUCCUUAUUCCUCAUCAACGUCUUGUUCAAACACCCAAACUCUAAUCAAUAAUCAAUGUGUACUUUAUUCUAUUGUUGGAGAAUCUUGUAUUGGUUCAAGUCAAUGUGUUGGUGGAGCAAUCUGUUCAUCUUCAACUUGCACUUGUUCAACUGGUUAUACUUCAAUGUACGGAUAUUGUAUUUCAACGACAAGUUGUUCUCAAAAUCAAGUUGCUGUAAAUGGUCAAUGCUAUAAUUCAGUUCAAAACGGAGCAUCUUGCACAUUUUCAAAACAAUGUCCAACAAAUUCCUAUUGCACUAAUUAUUAUUGUGUUGCUUCAUAUUGUAGUUUUACUUGUUCGAAUGGACAAGUUUGUUUGAAUAAUCAAUGUGUGAAUACAGUUUCAAUCGGAAGUCAAUGUAGUGGAUCACAACAAUGCCUUUAUAAUUCACAAUGUACUAAUAAUAUCUGUCAAUGUCCAACUGGAACAACGCUAUCAAAUAAUAUGUGUACAUCUUCUAAUACAAAUAACAAUAAUUGUAAUUCGAAUCAAGUCUACUAUAACAAUCAAUGUUAUAAUACUGUAUCAAUUGGAUCAUAUUGUUCUAUUACUCAACAAUGUUUGAGCAACUCACAAUGCAUCAAUAAUUACUGUCAAUGCCCUUCAGGAUCUUCAAACAAUAAUGGAUACUGUAGUGGAACAAGCACUUCGUGUAACUCAAAUCAAGUGUAUUACAAUAAUCAAUGUUGGAAUACUGUUUCGUAUGGUUCACAAUGUAGUAUCACACAACAAUGUUUGAAUAAUGCACAAUGUAUCAAUUCAGUUUGUCAAUGUGCAAGUGGUUCAACUUAUACAAAUGGUUAUUGUAGUGGAAGUAGUUCAUCUUGUAAUUCAAAUCAAGUACUUUACAAUAACCAAUGCUGGAAUACGGUAUCUCUUGGAUCGUAUUGUUCUAUUUCUCAACAAUGCUUGAGCAAUUCUCAAUGUAUAAAUAAUUAUUGUCAAUGUCCAUCUGGAUCAAAUAAUAUAAAUGGAUACUGUAGUGGAUCUAGUUCAACGUGUAACUCAAAUCAAGUAUAUUACAAUAAUCAAUGUUGGAAUACUGUUUCGUACGGUUCUCAAUGCAGUAUUUCACAACAAUGUUUGAAUAAUGCACAAUGUCUAAAUUCAGUUUGUCAAUGCGCGAGUGGUUCAACUUAUACAAACGGAUACUGUAGUGGUACAAGUUCCUCGUGCUCUUCAAAUCAAGUAUACUACAAUAACCAAUGUUAUAAUACGGUAUCUAUUGGAUCAUACUGUUCAAUAACCCAACAAUGUUUGAAUAACUCGCAAUGCCUUAACAAUUAUUGUCAAUGUCCAUCAGGCUCUUCCAACAAUAAUGGAUACUGUAGUGGAACUAGUUCAUCUUGCAGUUCGAAUCAAGUAUAUUAUAAUAAUCAAUGCUGGAAUACAGUCUCAAUUGGCUCACAAUGCAGUAUCACACAACAAUGUCUCAAUAAUUCUCAAUGUCUCAAUUCCUUCUGUCAAUGUCCAAACGGAAGUUCGAAUAUAAAUGGGCAAUGCACUUCAUCUUCAACUUCGAAUCUAUGUUCAUCUGGUCAAACAGUUCAAUUAGAUUCAUCUGGAAAUGCAAUCAAUUGUUUGGUUUCUGCUUGUCCAACAAAUUCAGUUUGUCAAUAUUCAACAACUGGACAAAAAUAUGUUUGCUGUACAACAACUUCCGGAUAA